UACUGUAGCAGGUGCCCGUUUUCUUUCCUGGAAAUCUGCUUCUUACUACUAAAGUCAUGCCUAUCGCAGUCAAAGAUUAUACCUGGGACCAAACUGAAUCAUCAGUGAAUAUAGUGGUGCCUCUUAAAGGUGCUAAAUCGAACAAAGUUGACGUUUUAUCAACAGAAAAAUACCUGAAGGUCAGCUAUCCUCCUUAUUUCUUUGAAUGUCUCCUCUUUGCUCCUGUUGACGAUGACAAGAGUUCAGCACAGAUUGGAAAUGGUGCCGUGUUGUUUCGACUUCAGAAGCAGGAAGUUGUUCUCUGGGAUCAGCUUUACUCAACAGAUUAUGCUGACAAGGAGAAGAUGAAGGAGAUCCGUAGCCAGGCAUUGGAGGACGUCAAAAUGAAGGCUGAGCAGAGAGACAAGGAGAAAGUGGAGAAGAAGCGAGAGAGAGAGAAAUAUGCUUUGAAAGAAGCUAUGAAGCUUGAUGAGGACGAAAGGGAAAAAAUUCGAAAAGCGAAAGAGCUCGAGAGGAAGUUGGCGACAGAUGACCUUGAGAGAUGGAAAGAUGAACAGAGACAGGCUGCCCUGAAGGAGAAAGAGAGGCUGCAGAUAGAGAGGAAGAAGGAUAUCUUUUAUAAAGAGUUGGUCAGCCCCGUAGAGAAAAAAAUACCAGAAAAAAACAAAGAAAAGGGAAGCAUAUUUGAAGAAGCUACAGGUGCUCCAAAGAGAGAGCCUGGUAUGAUUGAAGUGACAUUCACACCGCGAGUGUUCCCCACUGCUGCCAGGGAGUCUGUAUCCGUGGAGGAACAAGAGUGGUUGAAGAAGCAAGUUGAGGCCCAGAGGAUCAAGGAAUCCGAGGAUAAAGACUUGAGUGAAGAGGAGAGGAAUCCACUCUGGCUCAGAGACAAGGGAAAUUCCUUCUUCAAAGCUGGAGACUUUCAAGCUGCCAUCAACGCCUACAGCCAUGCAAUCAGACUUGACAGCAAAAUGCCGGCGCUGUUUUCAAAUCGAGCAGCAUGCCACCUUAAAAUUGGAAAUAUGUUCAAGUGUAUUGAAGACUGUUCAAAGAGUUUAGAACUACUGACACCACCUGUUCCUCAGAAUGCCGCUAGUCGAUGUAAAGCUCACAUCCGCCGAGGGACCGCAUUCUGUCAGUUGGAACUAUAUGUUGAAGGUUUGAUGGAUUACGAAGCAGCAUUGAAGAUUGAUCCAAAGAAUGAACAGAUCAGACAAGAUGCCGAGAAGAUGAGACAACUCAUACAAGGAACAGAGGCAGCAGAGAGCUAACAGUCCUGUCCAACCACAUGAACUACUAGCUCAUGCAAAGACUUGCUUGGUGAUGUGUUCUCCUGGUCAUGGCAUGGGUGCCUUCAUCUCAGCACUGGAUUUAGGACUGUGGUCACAUCUAACUUCAAGUGAUCUGACAUUAAGUUCAAAUGACAUUAAUAAGAGGCGAAACUAAGUCAUAACUAAUUGCAAGCAACAUCAUAGUUCUAUGAGAUAAGCCGUCCUGGUGUACAUACGUCACAAAUUAUGUAAACAACAAUACAUGUCAAUAUAUUUUAUCUUAUUUA